AUGGCAUUUUCUUUUAACAAAGUUUUGUUAUUAACAUUUCUAGUUCUACAAGGCAUGUGCGAUGCUAAUGGUAGUAACAAAUAUUCAAUUUCUUUUAUUUGUUCAAAGGCACCUAAUCCUUCUCUAUGCCUACAAGCCUAUAACACUGAUCCGUGUUCCCAGAACGCGGAUCUGAGUGAUCUAUGUCAAAUUGCAAUCGAUUUUUCAGAGAAAAGCGCAAGACAGACAUUGAAUUUGGUUAAUCAGCUUCUACAAAAUGCCAAAGGAGUUUACGGGAAUAGAUUACAAGAUUGUGCGUUCCAUUAUUUGAACUGCGCGAAUUUGUUCAACCAAACUGGGAAAAUUUUGCAAUCGGGAGACUUUCAAAAGACCUUAGAUGGUGUAAAUGGAGCAUUGGCGGAAAGUGCUAAUUGUGAUGCGGAUUUUAUAAAGUCGCCACCUAAGGAACCAAACGAACUUCAACAGUCUAGUGUGUUAGUGCAACAAUUGGGUGCUGUUGCCGUGCUUACUGCUACAUGGCUAAUUAAAUAG